CUGCAGAGGAACUUAAACGCUUGUGCCACCGGAAACCGUUGAAUUUCAUAUCGGAACCACUACACGAGGCUGCCUGCACCAUCGUCGACUGAAAAGUGUUGUCAUAUUUUGUCGUUCACGGUCGCGUUAUUUUAACCCAGAGAACGAGCUGUGCACCACCGGUGUUGGCCUUGGAAGUUGAAAUGUCAGCCGGUGCCACAGUGUCGCUCACGCUUUCUCACUAGCCACGGUAACGUCAGCUUUUGCUGCCAAUAUCCUCGCAGGAAUCAGUAUGGAUGCGCUCUGGGUAUUCCUAAUGCUGCUGGUCCCACUUCUGCUAUGGACUAGCAGCACCUUUGUUUUUUAUUUCAAAAACGGUUUCUACGUGGCUUAUAUGAUGGUUUUGGGUGCGAUUGCGAUUCCGCUUAGUAUUCUGAAAUGCGGAGGCAGGGACGUUGAAAACAUGAGGGUGGUCCGUGCUCUGGUUCGUCAUGUUAAGUACUUCCUGGGUCUGCGGUUCGAUGUGAGUGGCUUGGAACACCUGCAGACAGAGGGACCCUACGUCAUCAUCUCCAACCACCAGAGCUCCUUGGAUGUUCUGGGUCUAAUGGAGGUUCUCCCAGAUCGUUGCACUAUGAUUGCCAAGAAGGAGCUGGUGUACGCGGGCACAGUGGGCAUUGUGUCCUGGCUGGGCGGUAUCGUCUUCAUCAACCGCAACAAGACCAGCGAUGCCAAGAGCGUCAUGGCCGACGCUGCCAAGACCAUGCUGGACGACCAGAUCCGGCUGUGGGUGUUCCCUGAGGGCACACGGAACCAGAGGGGCGACCUGCUGCCCUUCAAGAAGGGAGCCUUCCACCUGGCAGUGCAGGCACAGGCUCCUAUCAUCCCCAUUGUGUUCUCAUCCUACAGUAACUUCUACCUACGUAAAGAAAAGCUGUUCAACUCGGGGACCAUCAAGUUGAAGAUCCUUCCGAAGAUUGAGACGAAGGGCAUGACGUCAGACGACGUGGCCGGCCUCUCCGACAAGUCCUACGACCUCAUGCGCUCAGUCUUCCUGAGCAUCUCUGGCUUCGCCCCCAUAACCCAGCGCAACGGGCCCCCCUCACACCACUGAACAUUUCCCAUGUCCGAGACACCAAAACCUACCCCAUCUAUUUUAAAAUGUUUAUUUCUCCCCCAUCCUCCGCAUCGUCCCAGCUCCCUACCUACGUACCUACUGUUUCGGUCAAAUAUAUUGGCACCCUUUAGGUGCAGCAUGUUCCAUUUUCUCUUUUCAAAACUGUUUGAAUGGACCUGCAACUUACCACAGGUGUGAGAUAAAUUACACAACGAGAUAUUGCCUCUAAGAGUCCAGGACAUUUUUCUUUGAAAUGUGCAGUUGUAAACACAGUUUUCAAUUUCAACUUGUUUUUGAAGAAAUAGAGAAUUGUGCAAGCGUGCCAAUAUAUUUGACCACAUCUGUACCAGGAUACAACGCACACACCAGGCCUCUGUCAUGAACUCAUCUGUUGUUUUGGCCUGGUAUAGUUUGGUUCUGGUUGGCUCCUGCUCUGAGCCAGCCCCCAUACAGUGCAGUCCUGACUCCACACGACAGAAGACCUGUUGGCUCUGCAGGUUAUGAGUAGAGUGACGGACCGACGGCAAGCAAAACAAAAUACAUUAUUAAUGUGCGUUCAUCAUGCAUGCUUGGGGAUACCUUUUUUUUCUACCUCCACCUUUUUAAAAGAGGCUUUAUUGUUAUUGUCUUUUUUAUUUAAAAAACAAUUGUUUACCGUUCAGUGGUGGUACUUUUGCUUUUUCCCCUUCCUUCUGGCUCAACUUUUGUUUUUUCAUAUGUUGACGGUGGAUAUUUUUAUUUUCCUCUGGUGCUGCCUUAACUUUUUUUCUUAAUGUGCUAUGAAAGACACGCACAGCACACGACUACCCUGCUUUAACACACGCAAACCACUCCCACCGCUAACACACACGCACAACACACCACGGUACUCCCUCCCCCAACUCCCCACCCAACCCCAGUAUA